AUGUUCCGCUUCAGCAAAACCCUCGACCCCAUCACCCUCUUCCACUCCCCGAGUGUCCCCAACAGCACCCGCGUCCUCACAAUCCUCAAGCAAGCCUCCUCAGCCGCCGCCGAGACAGCCACAGAAGACCAAGCAAGUGACCACAGCUCUCACGCCAAGCAGCAGCGUGGCGAGUUCGAGCUCGAGGUAACCACCAACGAGCCCACCACCGAUCAGCUCCGGAAUAUCAUUGAUUACAUCAACCCUACCUCCGGCGUUGGCGGUCAGGGCGACAAGGCUACUUAUGCUAUCUCCGACUUGAUCAAGGGAGCUAGGGAUGCCGAGGAUGCGCUCAAGAAGUUCAAGGAGGAUAAGAGCAGCUUUGUGCGGCCUGUGACUGUUGACUGGGUCAACGGUCGGGCUGUUAUUGGAGACCAUGAGUCUGAAAUUUUGAAGAUGGUCCGCCAGUUGCCUAGCCACUAA